AUGAUCAUACGACUUUCCAAUUGUGAACAUAAUCUUCUCUCAUCAAAAUGGAACAAAUCUCUACUUUUUAUUAUUUUCCUAUCAUUGAUUGUCAUCGUUUUAAUCACAUACUAUAUUAGUUCGUCUCAUACAAAGAAAGACUUUGUACCACCUAUUACAGAUAUUUUACCGAAAAAUCGCACAUUGUUACAAAUGCAAAGUUCCGAAUGCAUCGUUAAUGUUGAGAAACGUGACGGUCGACUUGGUAACCGAAUGUUUAUAGUCGCAACUGCCUAUGGGCUUGCACGUCUUCAUUCUUGUCGAUUGCAUAUAACAUUAGAUAUCCUCAAUGAAUUAAAAUCAGUGUUUAUUCUUGAUCUUUCUUCUUUACUUAUUUCGACAUCGACUUACAUCUCUAUGCGAGAUAAUAUUUCAAGACCAAUGCAUUACUUUAGUAAAGAAGUUCAAUGUGACUAUGUUUUUGAAUUAAUCCGACCAAAUGGUAUCCCGUUUGGAUCUAUAUUUGAACCCAUUGGUUAUUGGCAAUCAUAUUUACAUUUCGUUAGAUAUGGUGAUGAGCUUCGCAAACAUGUUUUUGCCGCAUCACAAACAACACUUGAGAAAGUUUCGAAGGUUUUUGUCGAAAUAUAUUAUGAAAUAACCGGCAUGAGACGUCAGUUUUCCAUAGAAAAUCAUCAGAUAUUCAAAAAACAAUUAGCUGAAGAUAAUCAAAUAACAUGGAUUGGAAUUCAUGUUCGUCGAGGAGAUUUUAUUUCUCUCAAUUUUACGUCAUCACCUAAGUAUUUAAUUGAUGCUAUUCAGUAUUAUAUGAUACGAUAUCCUAAUGCUCAUUUCAUAGUUGCAAGUGAUGAUAAAGCAUAUUGUAAAGAUCUUUUCCGUGAACAAUCCCAUGUUUUUAUUACACCAACUACAUUUUCAUUCGGUGAUGAUUUAAUAACUUUGUCACUUUGUCAACAUUCGAUUGUUACUGCCGGUACAUUUGGUUGGUGGACAGGCUAUCUUGCUAAUGGAGAAGUUAUUCAUGAUAAUGUUUACAUCUCUGGAUGCGAAAAGCGAGCUUAUUAUUACCCACCAUGGUAUUUAAUUAAUGGACAUGUACGCGGAUCUAGAAGAAUGCAAUUUAUUCCAGAAUAA